AUGGGAAAUGCUUCAGACACAACCCUGUUUGUCUCCACAAUCUCAAAGGAGCUUGACUUGCUCAUGGGCACUUUCUACAGCAUAUUCUGUGUUCUGUCUCUCCUGGGGAAUGGCAUCUUGCUGCUUGUUGCGUAUCGUAAGCGAUUGUCCUUGAAGCCGGCCGAGUUCUUCAUCAUAAACCUGUCCAUCAGCGACCUUGGGAUGACCCUGUCUUUAUUCCCUCUGGCCAUUCCCUCAGCAUUCGCUCACAAGUGGCUGUUUGAUGAGAUCACCUGUCAGUUUUACGCUAUGUGUGGGGUUCUGUUUGGUCUGUGCAGUCUGACCAACCUCACAGCUCUCUCUUGCAUCUGCUGCCUCAAAGUCUGCUUCUCUAACUAUGGCAAUAAAUUCUCCUCAUCCCAUGCCUGCUUCCUGGUGGUGGCAGUGUGGUGUUAUGCCUCUGUGUUCGCCAUCGGUCCCCUGGCACAUUGGGGACACUACAGAGCAGAGCCUUAUGGCACUGCCUGCUGCAUUGACUGGAACGUAACCAACCACGAGCUGUCUGCCCUGUCCUACAUUGUCUGCCUGUUCCUCUUCUGCUACGCUCUGCCCUGCACCGUCAUCUUCCUCUCCUACACCUUCAUCCUGCUGACGGUGCGCGGCUCUCACCAGGCCGUCCAGCAGCAUGUGUCACCCCAGACCAAGACCACCAACGCACACGCCCUCAUCGUCAAGUUGUCAGUAGCAGUAUGCAUCGGCUUCCUGGGUGCAUGGAGCCCUUACGCCAUAGUGGCCAUGUGGGCGGCAUUUGGUGACGCCACCCUCGUGCCUCCUACUGUAUUCGCCCUGGCGGCCAUCUUUGCCAAAUCGUCCACCAUCUACAAUCCUAUGGUCUACCUGCUUUGCAAACCAAACUUCCGCAAGUGUCUUUGUCGAGACACAUCCACGUUCCGCAAUAGGAUCUGCAGGGGCAGCCCCCGGCCUGAACAGAAAGACCCAUUUGGAUCCACAUCCCAGAGAAACAUCAAGGACAUGAGUGUCUCAAACGGACAGCCAGAGAGCCACAGGGCAUGUUUGCACUCUGCCGAGGAUGGAGCACACUGCCACACAGGGACCACUCCCCAGAGGACUGCCCGAAUACUGUCAGGCUCCACUUACAGCAAUGCGACUGUCAGUCAACUCUCUGCUAAACAACAGGCUCAUUUCCUCUAGUAGUGAAUCAGAACUGUAUCCUACCCUAAUCUUUCAGGCAGGGAUGGAGAUGGUCAGGUGGAAAGACAUGGCCAGGAUGGGAGACAGUAAAAUGGCAAAAAAGGAUAGGUGGAAUUCAGUUCAAGCACACAGGGCAAGAUGUCAGUAUCUGUAAGAGACUGGCCCAUCAUGCCUCAUCAGCAUUUGCCUCCCCUACAAAACAGUGCAUGCAUUCCCCUGUGCCAUCCAUCCCCCCAAACAUACAUAUGUUUUUAGCUGGCUGAGUUACCGGUAUUGGCGCUUAUUUGGGCAAUAUUUGUUAAU